AAGAGGAACAGCUGAUGGAGGCGGCAGUGGCGACGCGUUUCGACUGAAAAUUUUCUUUUUUACCCUCGCCUUCAUUCUUGUUUGGUGGAUUUCGUGUCGCGUCCUCGUAUAAUACAUCGGGAUUGUCUUGUUUUUAUUUUUGGUUGAUUUAGAAAAAGGAAUAAGGCGGGGUUGUUUUGUUAGAGGAUUGUGAAGUGUGAGAGUGGAUGGUGUCGGUGCAGAGAACAUAGGCUAGGAAAGGGUCUAUGGUGUUGACAUUAUAGUGAUAAAAAGAUUCAAGGUUCAUUUUGUCGAUAUAGAAAAAGAAUAAAACUUUUUGAAAUAAUUCAUUUUAUAUAAGAAGUUAUAAGAAGUGGAUAUAAAAAUAUACUAUCGAGGGAAGUAAAUCUUUAGAAAAAAAUAGUAUUGAGCCUUCACUAGUUGCAAAAGGAGGCUGUUUGAAAAGAAAUAGAUAAAUAGAUCGGCAUAGACAUCUAUUUGCCAAGAGUGCAGAAAAAUAUUCAAAGUGAAGUUCGAAGUGGAAGCCGAGGCCAGAAUGCGGAGGCAGAACGUUCAAACGCUUUCAUUGGUGGUUUGUACAUUUACCUAUUUACUUAUAGGCGCCGCUGUGUUCGAUGCCCUAGAAUCGAAGACGGAGGAACGGCGGUUAAAAUUAAUUAAAAAUAUCCGGGACAACCUGAUGAACAAAUACAACUUGUCGUUCUCGGAAUACAGGCUCAUCGAGACGGUGAUCAUCGAGAACAAACCUCACAAGGCGGGACCCCAGUGGAAGUUCGCCGGGGCGCUGUACUUCGUCACUGUCGUUGUGGCCAUGAUAGGCUACGGGCACUCCACCCCCGCGACGAAUAGUGGGAAGGCCUUUUGUAUAGUGUAUGCUGUGGUGGGGAUUCCCCUCGGUAUGGUGAUGUUCCAGUCCAUUGGUGAACGUUUGAACAAGUUUACGUCCAUCAUCAUCAAGAAGAUGAAGAAGAUGCUCGGAUGCAGCAACACGGAGGCCACGGACGUCAACCAGCUGUGCGUGACCGGCACCCUCUCCUCCAUCGUCAUGACUGUGGGAGCGGCCGUCUUCUCCCACUACGAGAGCUGGAGUUACAUAGACUCGUUUUAUUAUUGUUUUAUCACCCUCACCACCAUUGGCUUCGGGGACUUCGUGGCGUUGCAGAGACGCAACGCCCUCACCAACGAGCCGGGUUACGUCGCUCUCUCCCUGGUCUUCAUCCUCUUCGGCCUCACCGUCGUCGCCGCCUCCAUCAACUUGCUGGUCCUGAGGUUCAUGACUAUGAACACCGAGGACGUCAAAGCGGGGGAGUACGAGAUGCAGGACGCCUCCCAGUCUGUGGUGACCCUCGACGGCGAGCUCAUGGCCAUCAACGGGAAGGUCCUGGCUGGCACUCAGGACGCCGAGGGCCUUGGGGAGCGGAGGCCGUCCUACGCCAGCAUCGCCACCGUCUGCUCCUGCACCUGCUACCCGCGUCCUCAUCACAGUCCUGCGGAUAUUAGGCAUCGGUAUUCGGUCGUCAGGUCGCCCUCUCGGAUUUCGCACCUGCUCGUAGACCAAGCCGGAACGAGCAAAGUGGCACCUCACGAUAACGACCAAUUUCCUCCUCUACUUCACGACUCUUUCAUGGUUGCCAACUACCUCAAGAUGAAGAGGUCGUCCGUGUGAGAAAGAGAGGGAGAGAGAGAGAGAAAGAGAGAGAGAGAGAGGGGGAG